GAUUAUAAUUAAAUUACACAAGUUGUUUUAUCAAUAUGUUUACUUAUUUCACAUAUGUUGUGUUUUGCCGUUCAAUGCAACUUUUAUUAUUACAAAUUAUUUUCUUUUUUGCUUCUAACUCUGUAGGUUCAGCUAAUAAUGGAAACAAUAAUAUCCGUCCAAGAAUUUCAGGUGGUGAAAAAGCCAAUAUUAAGGAAUAUCCAUAUGUAGUGUUAAUCACUUAUCCCUUGGGCUUAUGUACUGGUGCUAUAAUCGACCCUUCUUGGAUUUUGACUGCAGGACAUUGUAUUUUUAAGUACAACAUUUGUAAUGUAACCGCUGGAAUGGAUGAUGAAACCACUCCCUCUGAGCAUGUUCAAGUAAGGAAAUCAGAGAAAUCAUUUACCCAUGAAAAAUACGACCAUUCACGUGGUCGCUAUACAAGUCUAAACGAUAUAGGACUUAUUAAGGUUGAUGAACCUUUUAACAUCACUGAUUAUGUUGCCGUAGUGGGAGUGUCUGGUAAACCAUGGCCUCUAGAUGGAACAAUGUACCAAAGAUAUUGCAAAGCAGCAGGUUGGGGCAGUUUGCAGAUCGGUCAACCACCUAGUUUAGCCUUGAUGAGGUUAAAUGCCACUGCUAGGCAUGGUGACAAAGCCUGCAAAUGCUUACCAACUUACAUCGAAAAAAGGGUGGUGUGUCUUAGAAGAGGAAAAGGAGGAAUUUGCCCGGGUGACUCAGGUGGUUCUUUGGUCUGUGACAAAGAAGUAGUAGGUGUUGCACAUGUAAUGGUUUCAACUACUUCCUGUAACUUCUUAAAAAUAAGAGAAGCUCCAUUACUAUGCAAUACAUCUACUUCUGUUUAUAUGUUCACAUGCCCUUACUUAAACUGGCUACGAAAAUUCGUACCGAAUAUACCUGAACGACCAGCCAGCUGUAGAGGAGUGACUCUUUCAGGUCAUAUGGUCACUGUUAUAUUCUUGAACAUCCUUCUUUUUUUGAAAAUAACCUUAUUGAAAUACCUAUAAAAACAACAAAAUGACAUUUUUACUUUUA